UGUCCCUCUCGCACGAUUAGGUCCGUCUAGACUCUAGUGAACUCCACUGCGGAGAGUCCAACAACACCACAGUACCCCACCCGCGGCGCAGCCCAACCACCGCCACCUUCAACGACUUCCUUCCUCCCGUCCGUCCUGCCGCCUUCCGCUUCCCCACCCUCUCCAGUCCGCGCAACGCAGCCCCGACAAGCCGACCCUAUCGAACGGACGGAAGAGGCUGCGUCGUCGUCGUCGUCUCCCGGGCCCUCCCCGCCUCCCCGACCAGUCCGGCGGCCCCUAUCGGACGAUGCAGGGCGGCGUCUCCGGAUUCCAGAACGCUCCGGUGACGCGGGCUGUCGCUCUCGCCAGCGGCCUCCUCUCCGUUAUCUUCAGCGCCCAGCGACGCGGCCGCGCCCUCAGCAUCUCAUACCAGGGCAUUGUCGAAAAUUUCCGUUUAUGGAAGAUAUUCCCAUCUGUAUUUGCGUUUCAGUCAACACCAGAGUUAAUGUUUGGACUGUACCUUCUGUAUUACUUCCGCGUAUUUGAGAGGCAGAUGGGCUCUAACAAAUACUCGGUUUUUUGUUUGUUCACGAUCACAGUGUCAUCACUUCUCGAGAUCUUUUCAUUGGUUCUCCUGAAAGAUACAAAUUACAUUAGUGCACUUGCAUCAGGACCUUAUGGUCUCAUAUUUGCCUCAUUUGUUCCAUUCUUUAUUGACAUUCCUGUCACGUCACAAUUCCGUAUUUUUGGCCUUAAUUUCAGCGACAAAUCGUUCAUAUACCUAGCUGGUCUUCAGCUUUUUUUAUCUUCUUGGAAGCGCUCCCUUAUUCCUGGUAUAUUUGGUCUGGUUGCUGGUUCUCUCUAUCGUCUAAAUGUGCUCAGCAUCCGCAAGAUGAAGGUUACUAGCGAUAUCUAUUUUACAGUUUAUGCUUCGAUUCCACAGAUUAUUGCAUCAUUUUUCGCAAGAUACUUUGCACCUUCAUCAGGGAAUGCAUCUCGGCCCUCCAGGAGUCUUGUCAGAAACACGCCUUCUCAAACAGGGCGUGCUGUUCAGAAUCCGUCGUCUACUGGAUUUGCUCCAAUCGUCGAGCCUCCAGAGUCGUCCGUUGCUAUGCUGGUUUCAAUGGGCUUUGAUGGUAAUGCCGCAAGACAAGCACUCAUGCGAGCCAGAAAUGACAUCAAUGUGGCCACGAACAUCCUACUGGAAGCUCAGUCUCGUUGAGCCAACUUACUGUAACUUCUCUGGCCAACCAUUGACGGCAGAACUGGUUAUAAUCCAAGAUGAACAAACACCUUGACGUGCAUUGGACAACAGAUAGGUGGCUUAAUGGCGCUCCGUUAGUUCAUUUACACAAUUCUACCAUGAUUGGAGUUGUUCAACAUCCUUCUUCCAAGUUGACAGCUUGGGAAGUCGGCAAAACAUUUGCGGCAGUUAGUUUGAUCAUGUCAAUACUUAGAUUGCUCCCACCUUAUAGACAAGAAUGUAUGUAUAAUUCCAAAUUCAGCUUGUAAGAUAGAUGAUAUAUGAACAUGGCAUUCACUCAAUAGUAUAAAAUUCAUCAGGAAUUUGCAACUCAGAAA